AUGUCUCACAAUAGUAUAGAUGAAGCGGCCUUGAAGAUGCUUGACGAAAUGGAGGAUGAGCAACGCCUCAAAGACGCCUUCCAAGAUGGCUGGCACCCUGGCCUUCCCAUUCCAAUGCCCAAAGAACCCAUCUACAAGUUCUCCGAGUCCGCUCUUCAGGUCGGCUACUUCAGAGAAGAUCUCCCCGGCCACCCCCUGUCCCUAUCUGCCAGCCGCAAGAAGAACGCGAAAGCAUACCUCAUGGUGAAGCGCAUCGAUAGCGACAUGCCCAGGACAUUUUUUCUUUGGUGCGACGCUGAUGGUAACCCCGUUAAUAAAAGGUACAUCCAGAUAGCUGAAGGCCUUGUCAUUCAAGAUCUGAAGCGGGACCUGAUGGUGAUGUAUAACAACCAUGAGAUAUGGCUUACCAUGGACUACAACGAAGAACUCAAGGUUGCGAAGGACCGAAUGGCUCUCAAGCGAUGCGAGAUAAGGGGAGAGACUUACGAGCUUCCUGCCGAUCAAGAGGGGGGGAUAGGGAGCCAUGGCUUUGCAGUGAGGCUGAUCCAGAGCUGA